AUGAGCUCUAAAAUCAUCCUCCAUGUCUCAAACAACCAUCAUCGUCAAGAAACCCCAAACCUAAACAACUCGGUACUGCCCAUCUCCAUACCCAUGCACAAACUCAAUACUGAGUCAGCUACCCAACUUGCUCAACCUCGAAAAUCCAUGUCCAAAGAUCGCCACACCAAAGUGAAUGGGCGUGGCAGGCGGGUGAGAAUUCCGGCCCUUUGUGCUGCUCGGAUCUUUCAACUGACCCGAGAACUAAACCAUCGUUCCGAUGGUGAAACGGUGGAGUGGCUUCUCCGUCAUGCAGAGGCUUCCAUUAUUGCUGCCACUGGUACUGUACCUUCAGACCCUGUUUCUACAACUAGCGGUACUGCUGUUCCGAGAUAUUCCGUUUCGCCAUCCAUUCCGUGCAAGAUUCACACUAGCAAUGCUGCCGGUAAUAGUAUUCAGAGGCGUGGCUUGUUUGCUCUAGCGGCGGCACCAAGUUGCCGUCCGAAUUUGGAGUAUAUGCAUUUGCCGUUUACUGCUUUAUUUCUGCAGCCAGCUGCUGCAGCCGAGACUGGUGGCAUGCGUCGUCAGCAGAAGCAGCCGGAGGAGGAGGAGGAAGGAAAUGUAGUUGGAGCUGGGGGGGAUCAUAGUCCUCAAGAAUAG